CAUCCAUCCAUCCAUCCACAGAUCCUCCUUAUCUGUACACCCCUCCAUCCCUGCCUCCACAUGCCACACCCUGCUCCUUCCCGACGCAUUCCCCCUCUUAUUUCCUCCUGCCGCACACAGUCCCUCCGCCCUUCUCGGCCGGAUCCGCUGGGGUCUCCGGUCUGGGGCGUGGGAGAGGCGACGCCACGGCCCCUGGCCCCCUCUGACGCAGCCUUGUCUCUCCGGCCCCUUCUCCAGUGAGUUUCCAGGUGCUGGCUCCCUCCCACCCCCUCUACGCCCCGCUGGGGGGCUCCGUGGUGCUGCCCUGCCAGCUCUCCCCGGCGCUCAGCGCCCGGGCCAUGCAGGUGACAUGGAGCCGGCCCUGGCAGGGCCAGGACGUGCACGAGUACUGGCCGGACGGGCACGAGGAGCAGGGCCCCGCCUACCGGGGCCGGACGGAGCUGCUGCGGGACGGGAUACAGCAGGGCCGCCUGGCCCUCCGGAUCUGGAACCUCACCCUGCCGGACGAGGGGCCCUACCUCUGUGACAUCCGGUCCAACGCCACCCGCCGCAGUGGCACCGUGACGCUCCAUCUGACGCGCGCCGGUUCGGACCCUCACCUCCAUGUCAGGGAGCAGGAGCACGAGGGGGUCUCGGUCACGUGUCUCUCGGCGGGGUGGUACCCGGAGCCAGACAUGCUCUGGAGAAACAGCCACGAGGAGAUCCAGACGGUAUACUCGGCCGAAAAACGGCUCACCGAGGACGGGUUCUUCAACCUCUCCAGUUCCGCUAGGGAUGUGAACUAG